AUGGCGAUGAUGAUUGGUGGGAGCGAAAAAUUAAGUUUUGAUUUUUUUGUUACGGAAGAGGAUGAUCGAUACAAUAAGUUCGGGAAAAUAGAUCUUUCACUUAUAUGGUAUCGCUAUGAUGCGCUAUUUUCUGAUAUUGUUACUACUGGAGAAAGAUCACGUGCAGCGAAUCAAGAACAAAUGUCUGGCAUUGGAGUAGAUCUUGAUGAAGAAGGAACAAAUAAUAUUGGUGGCUAUGACAAAGAACACUUUAUCAAUCCUAGUGAUGAAGGGAAUGAUGAAAGUGAUGAUAUACAGAAUGUGGAUUCUAUUAUGUUUCCUAAGCCGUCACUUAAAAGACGAGGUUCAAUUGAUGAUACUGGAACUAGCAAUCAAGUAAAAAAAAAUAAGGCAAAAUCUGGUGCGGCAUCAAUGAGAGAGGAUAUACACUCUCUAGUGGAGUUUAUGUCUAGUAAAAGCACUGCUACAUCCCCUUCGGUAGAUGAUCCCGUCAUCGAUAAGUGUAUGAAUAUGUUAGCAAAUUUUUCUAAUAUUCUGUGGGAGUGGAAAGUACAACUAUGUUUGCAACAUGUUUCUUAAGAAGGAUGUA